AUGACCAUUACGAUGACAUCUAAUGACCGCCCUCGCGCAACCCAAAAGCUUCGAGAACUACUCGCAAGACCCGACGCAAUUGUGGUCGCCCCUGGGGUGUACGAUGGCAUAUCAGCUCGAAUCGCCCUCGAUAUGGGGUUCGACACCCUCUACAUGACCGGAGCGGGAACGUCCAUGUCGCGGCUGGGCUGGGCCGAUCUAGGUCUUGCGACUCAACAUGACAUGGUCGAACAGGCUGAAAUGCUGGCAAACAUCGAUCCGACGACGCCCGUGAUCGCGGAUGCGGAUACUGGCUACGGCGGGCCUGUUUCCAUUGCACGUACGGUUGCAAAGUACGCGCGCGCCGGCGUCGCGGCAUUGCAUAUUGAAGAUCAAGUCCAGGAGAAACGAUGUGGCCAUUUACUCGGGAAAGAAAUUGUUUCUCAAGAGGUCUUUUACAGUCGAAUCCAAGCAGCGGUCAAUGCGCGAGCAGAUCUAGGCUUGGACAUCUUGAUCAUCGCCAGGACGGACGCCAGGCAGAGCCUUGGAUUUGACGAAGCAUGUACGCGUCUAUCCCGGGCUGCGGAGGUUGGCGCCGAUAUUGUCUUCCUUGAGGCGAUGACGUCCAGGGAAGAGAUGGCAGAUUUUGUCCGACGAAUGGGAGCCACUCCUUGUCUGCUAAACAUGGUGUCAAAAGGCGUCACACCGGUCAUAUCGGUAGACGAGGCAGCCGAUCUGGGAUUCAAAGUCAUCAUCUUCCCCAUCACAGGAUUCGGUGGAGCAAUCCAAGGCAUCCGAGACUCGUUUGCAGUGUUGAAGAAGAGCGGCUGCGAGCCCAAAGCUCUAGUGGGCGUCGAAGAAGCUUUCGAAUUAUGCGGCUUGAUUCAAUGUAUAGAGUUGGACAGAAAAGCCGGCGGCAAGGCUCUUGCUGGCCUUAGAUAG